GAACCAUCAACAUUGUUUCACUUUAUAUUGUAGAGCGCUAGUGGAGCUUAUAUUUCCAUGGCCAGGAUGGUCGCUAGAACUUCGGUGUAAACCUUGCAUAAAUGCAGAGAAAGGCUCGCUGGAAACAAUUGCUAAGAUAGGCAAGGCAGUGAGCCAUGCGGUCUGUGUCUCCGAUGUCAGCUCUGCAGCUGAUCGUGACUGUAAUAAUCAUCACCUGCUGGCGUCAUGUUCAUGCUAAGCCAUCUGCCUCCUCAGCAUCGCUAGUCAGUACCCAGGAAUCGGCAUCAAAAAACAGCCCUCAACAAUUUCAAUCACAUGUAAGCUCUCAGCAGUUAGAAUCACCUAUCAGCACCCUACAAUCAUCACCUUAUGUCAGCUCUCAGCAGGCAGCAUCACCUGUCGCCCCUCAGCAGUCAGCACCAUACGUCAGCUCACAACAGACGAAGGCAGCAGCAGAAGCUGACUCAGCGGCACAGUCGUUCGGACAGUUCCAGGCGCGCAGUCCCCUCAUGUACAGGGUGGCGACUAACUAUGGCGACUUCAGGCAAGGGGAUGUUGAGUCUCCCCUGAACGUUCUCCUCCACGACAUGGACGACGCGGGCAGAGGAGGUCGGCAUUUUUCCACCCUUGACUCGUGUAGCAACUCCGUGUGUGACUACGUCUUGCGGCAAGCCAACUCCCUCGCCAGGAUAAAGCUGCUCAGGGAAUACAUCAAGGAUACUGUGGGCAUGCUGGACCGGCUGGUGACGGCCGUGGACUCGCAGCUGGUGACGGCCGGCGACACCCUGGCGCGUUCAGUGGGCAGCAGCUGCCGCGCCGCCCGACCCGUACUUUCUGACAUCACCAAGAGCAACGUGGAAGUAGACCGGGGUAGAAGCGAAGCGGUAAGAUACUGGUACCCAAUCAAAAAGUGAUUCUCAAGUCAAUACGACGUCUGCGCGUCCGACGAGACGAGAUACUUGGCUGGCCAGGUACCGUCACAAAAUGAUCUACGCGUCAUGAGUGGGGCUUGAGCCUGGUACCAUCAUAAAAUCUACUCAUCGCACUGGAAGACUUGAGAGCCUGGUACCAUUAUAAAAUCUACUCGUCGCACUUGAAGACUAGAGAGCCUGGUACCAUCAUAAAGUCUACUCGUCGCACUUGAAGACUUGAGAGCCUGGUACCAUCUUAAAAUCUACUCGUCGCACUUGAAGACUUGAGAGCCUGGUACCAUCAUAAAGUCUACUCGUCGCACUGGAAGACUCGAGAGCCUGGUACCAUCAUAAAGUCUACUCGUCGCCCUUGAAGACUUGAGAGCCUGGUACCAUCAUAAAGUCUACUCGUCGCACUUGAAGACUUGAGAGCCUGGUACCGUCUCGAAGUGGUACCAAGACGUGACCUGCUCAUCGAACGUCAAGCUCUGCGUGUCUGAAUCCAAAGCACUACCAAUGCUAAUCCUAUCUUCUUAAGUUGUUACACUAACCUCGUUGGAAUAACCUAAAGAAUUUGUUGUAUUUAACGAUUCGCUAACUUUUGAGAAAAAAAUUCAUAGUGAAUUGUUAACGAAAGUGAUGAAGGUUUUCACACUCCACGUAAUUUUAAUGCUUUGACUGGAUAGAAUGAUGAUCCUCAAGAGAUACGAAUAUUAUGUUAUGGUAUUAUGGAAUUCUUUAGAUUGAAUGCUCGCUGGAAAAAGUAAUAACGAGAGAACUAACAUAGGCUAAGUAGGCAUCUGAUAGUUCACAUAUCGGGAUUGUUCAAAUUAAAAAAAAAAUUGUAUUCUAUCAGACAAGCAUAAAACUGAAAUAUCUUUGGCGUGAUGUAAAUACUGGCAAAAUGUCAAGAAAACUAACGAUAUUUAGAGAGACCUGUCAAUAUAAUCAAGAAUGUAGAGAACUUUGCAUCUAUUAAGCUAAUAAGUAGCAGAGUAUAUGAAAGGCAUUAUCCGAAAAUUAAAUAAAUGGAAUGUUCGCAUUAGUCGGGGCAUUAAUCACUGAAUAUUUAUUUGGAUUAUACGGUAAAUCAGA